CUAUCUCUCUCCUCCUGAAUUUCACUUUCUAAUCACAGUUCAUAAUUCAUAUUCAUAUAAAUAAAACAAAGAAAAACCAGAAUAAUAUAAUUUUAAAAAUAAGGAAGAAAAGAAUAAUUGGAGCAGAAGGAGAAAAUUCUCAACAAAGGAUGCAACUUUCGUUGACUUGGUUCUCUCUUUUCCUCAACCCUUCUCUUCUCUCUGCAUUUUCAGCUAAAAUUGGCCACACCCAUCUGAGAUUUUAGCUCCAGAUUCCAAGGUAAGCACGGAAAGAGGAGGAAGAAGAAAACUUGGAGCUACCCAUAAUUCGAUUUUGUGCAUCACAGCGAUUUUCGGUUGGUCAACAAGGUCAAGGUGCUGCUGAACUUGAUGGGUAUCGUGUAGAUCAAGAGGAAUUGUUUAUGAAUGAUUAUGAAGGUUGGGGUGUUGUGUUGAAGUUGAAGAAACAUGGAGCGAGUGACUUCAUCUUUUAUCGGUUCAUAUCUUGUUUGGGCAAUUUUGGUACUUGAUUUGGUGCUCAAGGCUUCCGGCAAUGCAGAAGGUGAUGCCCUGAAUGCAUUGAAGAGCAAUUUGCUUGAUCCUAACAAUGUUCUUCAAAGCUGGGAUGCUACCCUUGUCAAUCCCUGCACGUGGUUUCAUGUUACAUGCAACAGUGAUAACAGUGUGACUCGUGUUGAUCUUGGAAAUGCAGACCUUUCUGGUCAAUUGGUUCCACAGCUCGGUCAGCUCUCAAAUUUGCAGUACUUGGAACUUUAUAGUAAUAAUAUAACUGGAAAAAUCCCAGAUGAGCUCGGAAACUUGACAAACUUGGUGAGCUUGGAUCUUUAUUUGAACACUUUAACUGGUCCCAUACCGAGUACAUUGGGCAACCUUGGAAAACUACGUUUCCUGCGUCUCAAUAAUAAUAGCUUAACAGGAGGCAUACCCUUCUCAUUGACAACUGUUUCUUCGCUGCAAGUUCUUGAUCUCUCAAACAACCACCUUAAAGGGGUCAUCCCAGUGAAUGGUUCAUUUUCAUUAUUUACCCCCAUCAGUUAUCAAAAUAAUCCUGGCUUGAUACCACCAAAAAAUGUUCCGUCUCCACCAAUUUCUCCAACACCACCAGCUUCUUCAGGUUUUAAUACUGGGGCUAUUGCUGGAGGAGUUGCUGCUGGUGCUGCUUUGUUGUUUGCAGCCCCUGCAAUUGCACUUGCUUAUUGGAGAAGAAGGAAACCUCAGGAUCAUUUCUUUGAUGUUCCUGCUGAGGAGGAUCCGGAAGUUCACCUUGGUCAGCUUAAAAGGUUUUCUCUGCGUGAACUGCAAGUUGCAACAGAUAACUUUAGUAACAAACACAUUCUGGGUAGAGGUGGAUUUGGAAAGGUUUAUAAAGGACGCUUAGCUGAUGGCUCUCUUGUAGCAGUAAAAAGACUAAAGGAGGAACGCACACAGGGUGGGGAGCUGCAAUUUCAAACAGAAGUGGAAAUGAUUAGCUUGGCUGUGCAUCGAAAUUUGCUUCGACUUCGUGGUUUUUGCAUGACACCCACUGAACGGUUGCUUGUGUAUCCUUUCAUGGUUAAUGGAAGUGUGGCAUCAUGUUUACGAGAACGUCAUGAAUCCCAACCUCCACUUGACUGGCCAAUACGGAAGUGUAUUGCUCUGGGAGCUGCUAGGGGGCUUGCUUAUUUACAUGAUCACUGUGACCCUAAGAUUAUUCAUCGUGAUGUCAAAGCUGCAAACAUAUUGUUGGAUGAGGAAUUUGAAGCAGUUGUUGGAGAUUUUGGUUUAGCAAAACUUAUGGAUUACAAAGAUACUCAUGUUACUACUGCUGUACGUGGUACAAUUGGACAUAUAGCACCAGAAUACCUCUCAACUGGAAAGUCUUCAGAGAAGACUGAUGUUUUUGGAUAUGGCGUGAUGCUUCUUGAACUAAUAACUGGACAGAGGGCUUUUGAUCUAGCACGUCUUGCCAAUGAUGAUGAUGUGAUGUUGCUUGAUUGGGUUAAAGGACUUCUCAAAGACAAGAAAUUGGAAACACUGGUAGAUGCAGAUUUACAGGGCAAUUAUAGUGAUGACGAGGUAGAACAGUUAAUCCAAGUGGCCUUACUAUGCACACAAGGCUCCCCCGUGGAAAGACCAAAGAUGUCUGAGGUGGUCAGAAUGCUAGAAGGUGAUGGUUUGGCGGAAAAAUGGGAGCAAUGGCAGAAAGAUGAGAUGUUCCGGCAAGAUUUUAACAACAACAUGCAUCAUCCAAAUGCAAAUUGGAUAGUAGAUUCAACUUCACAUAUCCAGCCAGAUGAACUAUCAGGUCCUAGAUGAUCCUUUAACAGUCUAUGGACAAGUGAAUACGCAAUCCUGCCUGGCAAUGCUUUCUGUUGGAAAGAGAGAUACUUCCAAUUUGUGCAUAUGAUUUUCACCUCAACCUUUUCGCUUGUUUUCAUCUUUUUGAAAUUAUCGUCUAUGUUCAGAUUACAUGCCCAUUGAUUAGGUUGUGAUUAUUAAAGAAAGAAGUUUGUCAUUUCUGUUGGGUUGUCAAGUUGCAGGAUGAAGUGUAUGUCACAAUCAACCAUCACUUUUGUCAUUGUAUGUAUGAGAAAUUAGUGUAGAGUUUUAUGGAAAUAAAAAAUGCAAUUCUAUUGUCGUUUUCGGAUAAAUAUAUUUCAGUGGUUAUUUCUGUGGAUUUGGAAAUCAGUAGUACUUGAGUCGGUUCCUACCUUGUUAGACAUUGCAUUGCAUUUUAUUAUUAGUGGAAAUAUAUCUCUGAUGGUCAUUGAAUCCUUCUGUUUUCAAUUUCUGUUUAGAAUCUGUCAUUCCGAAUUACAGAUGAUGUUGCUCCAAAUACUAAGCCCCGUUUGGUUCAUAUUCUGGCAGGCAAAUCAUGUUUAGGACCUAAAUUGAUUAAUACAUCCACUAGGCUAGAGAACGGUAGAAUCGACUUUGAUAGCCUGGUAUCCAAUAAUUUUUCACUGAUGCCUUCAUAAUCUACCCUGCAAACAUACAUAUAUUCACUAUGACUACGUUAUUUUAAAACUUAUAUUGGUUUGAAUGUUUAUUAUUUAUUGAAGGAUAAUAAAGAAUAUGAACGAACCUUUUUAAAUGGAAUUUUCUUCUUUUUUUUUCGAUUAGUUUCUCCAGUUAUACAUAAAUUAUGCCCAACCACGAUUAGUUCAAAUAGAAGCGGUCUCAUUGAUAAUGCCAGGAGUUAAGAAGAGUUGUUACUCCAGAGGACUUUAUCUAAUUAGAACCGUGCAGUUUAGAAGAUCCAAAAAUCUUUAACUGAAAGCACCGACUUAAAUAACCAAGAUCGAUGCAGCAAGGAAAAGAUAGUUUAGGUGCAUUGCAGUGGGAUAUAAUCCACAAUUGUACUCAGCUUGUAAAAAAAAAUCGAAAAGAUAAAAAAUGCCAGGAGGCAACAGCAAAUCAGUUCGUGUUGCAAGACUCAUUAGCGUAUACGAAAUUUUGUGACCUAUCUGGCAAUCACAAGAUACCUUCAACAUAAAUGAAUUAAAUGAACGAACAUCCAUAUAAUUCUCGCAAA